UCGCGGACAUGUGACGCGCCUUCAGCGUCAGAGUUCAGAGCGACUCGGCGGCUAACGGCUAACGGCUAACGGCUGUCAGGCUCAGAGGUCCAGGUGAGCUCAGGUGAGCUCGUGCCGCGCGGUGACGUGGACACAGGACGCGAGGAAAAGGGCGAUGGGUUUGCUGCAGGACCUCCUCUCCCUGUUCGGGUCGUCCGACCUGUACGAGGUCCUGGGCGUGGGCGUGGCCGCCUCCGAGGCCCAGGUGAGGCGCGCCUACUACAGAAACUCCCUGAAGGUGCACCCGGACCGGGCCCCCGGGGACCCGCACGCCACCGCCAAGUUCCAGGCGCUGGGGAGGGUGUACUCGGUGCUCAGCGACCCGCAGCAGAGAGCCGCGUACGACGAGCAGGGCGUCGUCGACGAGGAGGCGGAGCCACUGAGCCCAGAGAGGAACUGGGACGACUACUUGAGGAUGAUGUUCCCCAAGAUCACGCUGCGGGGCAUCCAGGACUUUGAGCGGGCCUAUCAGGGCUCAGCGGAGGAGCGGGCCGACCUCCUGCGGCUCUACAGAGACUGUGCAGGAGACCUGAGCUGCAUCCUGGAGGGGGCGCUGUGCUGCACGGCCCAGGACGAGCCCCGCGUCACACACAUCCUGCAGGAGGCGGUGCUUAGCGGCGAGCUCCCGGCCCUCAGGGCGUUCACUGAGGAGAGCAGCAGGAGGAGAGCGGCCCGCAAACGCAAGGCUGACAGGGAGCGUGCGGAGUGUGAGCAGAUGAAGGCGGAGCUCGGUCUGAAGGACGACGACGGUCUGACCGCCACCAUCCAGAGGAGGAACGCGUCGCGAGCGGCCGACUUCAGCUCACUGCUCGGCAACCUGGAGCAGAAAUACUGCCAGAAACCAGCAGCCACUGCUGCAAAGAGAGGGAAGAGAGGCAGGAAGUAAACAACAACAACAACACCAACACCGACCUCCUGGGUGUGAUCCUCUGUGGAAAGUAGGAAAAAAUAAAAAUCUGAUCUGAGCUCUCAGGAUGAAAAGAAACUCCUUGCAGCCAAUCAGCAGGCAGCGUCAUCUGUAAACAGGAAGUGGCUCCAGGGCACGUCAGUCUGAGGGUUUCAAACCAGCAACCUGCUGCCUCCAGCUCCGAGGAUACAACCGAUCUGUAGUUUUUAUUUGUUCUGUAAUGUUUCUGUUUCUGUAAAUAUGACGAUAACAAACAGUAACACAAAGGAAAUAAUAAUAAUAAUAAUAAUAAUAAUAAUGAAACUGAUCACAGAUCGUGUUGGACUUUAGUAAAAUCAGAUCUUCAGAGUUCGACUCUUUGAAUUAAAUUCCAUUUUUCUUUUAAAAAAAACAUUUGAGAGAGAAUCAGGAACAUUUUUCAGUUUUUUCCAUUUUCGUCUCACUUUACUUUAUUACUUUUUAAAAUUCUGCUCAUUAUUUAUUUGUUUAUUU